AUGGGGAUAUCAGAGACAAUACUGACACUUUGGAAUAACAUCCCAACAAUCACACCACACUAUUUUACAGUGGCGUUGCUAUUUAUAGCUCCGGUUCCACUGAGUUUAGUGAGUCGACACAUAACAAAUCGGACUGCCAGAGUCUGGUUUAUUAUAUUGACAUCUGUGAUAUCUCAAUGGAUAUGUUUCCAAGAGUAUAUGCUCCAUGGUACACUAUCUAUUCUUAUCACAUACAUUUUAAUGAAGACAGUCAAAUACCCAUACGCACAUUACCUCAAUCUCAUAAUUCAAUUCAUUUACGUCUUAUACGGCCAUGCGUGGAGAAUGUAUAACUUCUAUUUAAUCUAUUCAACAGACUGGACAAUAUUACAAAUGAUGCUCAUUGUACGACUGAGUUGUAUCACUUGGGAUCGCUCCUUAUCUUUCAGGCCAGAAAAUGAAGUGAAGCCCCGUCACAAACACUUGGUCAUGAAAGAAGACCCUUCACUGACAGACUUAUUUGCUUAUUGCUAUCACCUUCCAGGGAUGCUCAUUGGUCCCAAUGUCGAUUUCAACACGUUCUACAAAUAUUUAGACUUGUCGAUGUUCCCUAAUAAACAGAUUCCAGUCACUAUAACUACCAAGGCCUUCAUCACAAGACUAAUCGAACUCUUUGUUAUCUACUGCUGUGGUGUGACAUCGCCAGUGGAAUUUACAUAUGUCAUGACUGACGAUUUUGUCCAACAAACGUUCCUCUAUCGACUUGGAUACUUACUUGUCGCACACUACACAAACAUGUCGAAAUACCUAUUCAUGUUUGUGGCUGGCGAACUGGCGUGUGUUGGGUGUGGCAUAUCAUAUUACGUCACGGAGAAAGGGCAGGAGAAGUUUGCGAAGUUCAGGAACAUCCGAAUCACCAAGAUCUUAACUGCGCGCGGACUUAAGAUGUUUGCAUCGAACUGGAAUUUGGGGAUAGUUGAUUGGGUCACUUCUGUAGUCAAUGAUAUUGUCCCCGAUAGCUGGGGUUGGCUUGCGCGACAUGCUUUGACGUAUAUCAUGAAUGCGUUCUGGCAUGGGUUAUACCCGGGGUACUUACUCUUCUUCUUCUGUUGCGGAAUUCCAUAUGAAUUCUGUUCGAGGAGGUUUUUGAGAAUCAUCAACACGUAUAUUAACAAGAAGAGCAAGUUGUAUUGGGUGUGGCAAGUUGUUGGGAUGUUCUUGUCCCUCAUGUUGAUGAUCUUCUGUCACAUUGCAUUCAACUUGAUGGCAUUUUCGUAUGUCUGGAAGGCGUGGACGAACCUGUAUUUCUACUUCUAUGUGAUGCUUGCCGCGAUGUACGUAUUGCAGUUUGUGAUACCUCCACUUCCUGCAUCUUAUUGGGAUGACAAAGGAAGUCAACAAAGGAAUCUCAAGGAAAGCGCGACAAAGAAAGAGAUGAAGAAUGAAGAGGGGAAAGAAGAGAAGAAAAGGACUGAGGAGAAUGUGGGAAGCCCAAAGGCGAAAGACGAGUAA